AUGACUCAUGAACCCUUUGUGUGGAACCUUUCUCGUUUUUCCACUUUUCCAGUUCCGUUCUAUGGAAGCCUUCUACUGAUUGUGGAGCCUAAUACUGUCCGUGAAGGACCUCCUGAGAGGUCGAAUUGGUUGCCGGAGAACUGGAAGUUCCAAGCAGUACUUCGCACUUCAGGCGCCACUGCCGGAAUUAUUGAUAAAUACUAUUAUGAGCCGAUCUCUGGAAAUAAAUUCCGAUCAAAGAAUGAGUUGCUUUAUUUUCUAGAAAUGGGUGAAAAGCGCAAGAAGGAAAACACUGAGAGUAGCAGUACUGUUUCUGCACCAUCUGAGAUACCCGAAAGCAAAACGAGAAAGAGCAACUCGAAAACAAAGAAAGUUAGUACUCCUUUUUACUUUGAUUCUGCAAAUCCACCGAAGAGCGUGUGCUGGACUCAGACAGAUAGUUAUGAAGAUACUUGGGAAGCUUCUAUCAAUGGAUACAUGAUUUCUGAGAUUGAAAAACAAGAAUGGAAUGCUGUCUUCACAAGUGUAUCGAAGCUCAAGAUAAGCAGCACAAAAAAAGAGAAAUAG